UUUACUAACUGGAGAGAAGUUACCAAGAAGGUAUACGCCCAAUGCCUGUUUUGUCAAGAUAAACGUUUUUUCUCUGGAUCAAAACAAGCUUACACCAACUUUUCAACUCAUUGUUCAAGAGUUCACUGCGAAGAAUGGCAAAAGUUUACAGCACCAGGAACAGUUCGAAAUCAAGGUUCAAUUAAGCCUUUCACUGUUCAAACUACGAUGCAUAAUUCAAGAAACCAGUUAGACGUAGGGCUCACUCGAGUUGUAAGCGAAGGGAAUCUUUCUCUUAACAUCUUAGCAAACAAAACUGUUCGUGAAUGGAUUGAGAUGGCAGUUCCUGGUUACCAUUUGCCCUCGGUUUAUGUAAUGAGAAACUCACUCAUACCACAAAGAUAUGAACAAAUUAAAGAAUACAUCAAGAAGAAACUGUCAUCCUGCACGGCUUUAUCUAUAAUACUAGAUAUUUGGUCAUGUAAGAGUAUGGUCGGUUACAUUGGCUUUACUUGUUCUGGAGUAUUGAAAACAUAUGAGCCGUUCAAGUGCUUCUUAUCAAUUAGACAAGUCAAAGGGAAACAUACUGGUGAAGCAAUUCUUAAUGAAUAUGAAGAUGUCAUACAGGAGUGGGAUAUUCCAAUUUCAAAGAUCGUUCGAGUCAUCACAGACGGAGGAAGUAACAUGAUACGCGCGUUUAAUAUAAAAUUCCCAACCAAUCAGUCUGAAACUCUCACUCAGUCAUCGGUUGAACAAGUCGAGCGCUCCGAGCCUGAUCCCAAUCCCUCAAUCAAUAUCGCAGAUAGCGAACGUUUGGUGGAAAUCGAAAUUGAGCUUGACGACGAUAGUUCUUUGUGGGGUAGAAUUGAUGAUAUUCAGUUAUCAUGUCAAGAAAUGGACGAGGUUUUCGAUCAGAUGAAUGAAGAGGAAGAAGUAGAAAUGACGGAGGUUGAAAAGUCGUUGCAAGAUAGUUUCUUUGACUUUGGAAGAAGCAACAAUGACUUUAUGCAUUCUCUUAUUCUCCUAUCAACACAUCUUCGCGCGCAUUGUAUUGCACAUUUAUUACAGCUUGUAAUCAAGGAUGGGCUCAAGGCAAUCAACAAAGCUGUAGUCGAUGCCAUGGAUAAAGCUUUUAGUAUCAUCAGUGCGGUGCGCAGGAGUGUGAAUGACACCGAAAUGGUUUAUAAUGCAACAAAAUUACAUCUUCCAGCCAAGAAUGUCACACGAUGGAAUUCACAAUUUUACUCAAUU